CUCUUCUCCUCCCAUUCCCCUUCCCCCGUGGGAGGAGCGGAAGCAACAAGAGAGAAGAGGAAGAGAACAUCACAAUCACAGGAACAUUUCUUCCCAUUUCCCCUGGAGUAAUGGAUCAGAAAACUCCACGCUUCCCACUUGUAUAAAUACACAAACCCACUACUCACGAACCGCAAAUCAAGCCUAAAGGCGACCUCUUUCUGGCGGUUUUCUGCUGCCAAGUUUUUCGAUCCGGGGCCGGGGGGCGUGUUCAUGCGAGCGGUUUCCGGUGAAAUUUCGACUCCUUUUUGGUCGAGUUUUUUGUGUGAUUUUCUUAUUGUUUUUUUCCUCGUUGUCCGCCUUCCCAUUCCUUGCUCAGAACCUGUCACCGUUUGGUUUGCUGAGUGGUUUUCUUGCUUAAUUUACUGGGAGGAGACCGAGUAAUUAAAGAACAAAAUUGUGGUUCCUGAUCAAAUCUAAACUGAGGUAAAUGUGUUGGAAGCAGCAGCCAUUAUAGUUCCAGUUUUGAUCCAUCCAAGGACGUUGCUUUCUGGGAUUCCGAGGCGAUGCUGCGCAACAGAUCGAGAAGAGCAGUUGGUGCCAAGCAAGGAGGAGGAGGAGGAGGAGGAGGAGGAGGAGGCGGAGGUCUCGUGCCUCAGCCUGAGCCCCUCGCCACAGCCCAAUCUUCGAGGCAGAGGAAUCCUUCUUCUUCCUCUGCUGCGACGCCUCCUGCGUUUCCUUCCCCGAGGCCGUUCAUGGCGUCCCCCCAGGCCGGGUUCUUGGACUGUACCGAGGGGCCAUCCUCCUCCAUGAGCCCCACCUCCAUUCUCGAGACCAAGCAGUUCUGCUGCUCCGCGCUGCCCCCGUUCUUGUCGGAGAGAAGCCUCAAGAAGGCUCACAUGGAGAUAGCUGCUCCGGAGACGGCCAGCGCAGGCCUCGCCGACGUGCUCCGGGAGCACAGGGACACCAAGGCCGGGGGCGGCAAGGUGGUGUUCGGGUCGCAGCUCAGAAUCCAGGUCCCUUCGGGCAGGGCGGUGGAGCUUGUGUCCUCCCCGAUAGAGUUCGGCGUCAAGAACCGUGACGCGCAGCUGGCCGUCCUGUCGCCGGCCAGGAGGUUCUUGCCCGAGGUGGUGAACUCUCCUACCGCGCGGGUGUUCGCCGGCGGCGUCGCCCCCGGGGAAAUGGCCAUGUCGGAGGACUACACUUGCGUCAUCUCUCGCGGCCCCAACCCGAGGACCAUGCACAUCUUCGAUGACUGCAUAGUCGAGAGCAGUGGGGAUGUGCUCGUGGAGAAGAUGGACAAGGGAGCGGGCAUCGCCGCCGCCGAUGGUGCCGCGGCGCCAGGGAACCGGUUUUUGAGCUUCUGCCAUGCAUGCCACAAACAACUUGGACAUGCCAAUGAUAUCUUCAUCUAUCGAGGUGAUAAAGCAUUCUGCAGCAACGAGUGCCGGUACCGGGAAAUGCUUUUUGAUGAAGCAGUGGACAACUUGCGCUAGCUAAAUAAGGAAUGGCAUUUGUAGGAGAAUUUCUGUGGAGGAGAAGGCAUGAUCCUAAAUAACCGAGAUGAGAUUUCUUUUUUUAUUUUAUUGUCCUCAACUUUGCGAGAUUGGAUGAUGUUUUUGGUCAUGGCGAACAGGAAUGAUUUAGUCUUUUGCGGAUUAAAGACCUUUGCCCACUUUUGCAAGAGGUUGCACUGUUGAAGAUUCAUGUCCUGGGGCACUUGUUUAUGUGACUUUCCAGUUAAUUGAAAUUUGAUGCUCUUGUUCUAUCCUGUCCUGUCAUGCAAGUCAAUUUUGGCAAGAUAUCAUGUGAUGUGAAGCCAUUUAUCACAGCAUAUACUCAGAAUGUACUCUGAAAUCAUUUUGCUAGAUAAACUGAGGAAAGUAAACUAA